AUGGCAACUCUCAGAAAUUUGGUGUUGGAACUGCAUUCUCAGAGAGGGCAAUCUGCAAGGAAUUCACCUUCUGACAAUGAGGUGUCUCAGGGAAGGAAUUACCAAGCUCCCACACGCUUCUCUCGCUUGGAGUUUCCCAGAUUCCAUGGAGAGGAUUUCCAGGAAUGGUUGUUCAAGAUUGAAAAAUUCUUUGAGGUAGAUGAGACACCUAAUCAUGUGAAGAUGAAGAUGGUUGCUAUGAACUUGGAGGGAAAGGCAGUCCAAAGGCACCAAGUCUUUCUGAGAUCGCGCAUAACCAGAAAUUUACCUGCAUGGGAAGAGUACAUCAAGGAAAUGGCGUCAAGAUUUGGAGUUUGCCUGUAUAAUGAUCCAAUGGGGGAAUUAAAAGCUUUAAAGCAGGAAGGAUCGGUGCUUGAGUACCAGGAACAGUUUGAGGAACUACUGAACAGGGUGGACCUCCCUGAAGAUUAUGCCACGAGCUGUUUUCUCAGUGGUUUGAAGGCAGAAAUACAAUUAGCUGUGAGGAUGUUCAUGCCUAAAAUAUUAAGAGAUGAUAAGGCAUUACUGCCCUCUCCUAGCCAGGAUAGGAGUGAAAAGGCUGCAGAAGGCCACACCAGGAAACCAUUCAAAAGACUGUCCUCCACUGAAAUGGAUGAAAAAAGAGCAAAGGGCCUCUGUUUCUGGUGUGAUGAAAAAUUUGGAGUUGGCUGCAGAUGCAGGAAUAGGCAGCUAUUUCAGUUGGAAGUGUGUGCAGAAGAUGAGGAUGAGGAGUUGGAGGUAGAAUCUGAGGAGGAGGGGGACGUCUCACAGGCCAAUUUGGCCCACAUCCCUUUAAAUGCCAUGACCCUCACUGCUGUUCCUAAGUUCAGAACAAUGAGGGUAACUGGUCAUGUGGGGAAAACUUCAGUGAAUAUUUUCAUAGACUGUGGGAGCUCUCACAACUUUAUCCACCCAGAUUUAAUCAACAAAUUGGGGUUGAGAGUGCAAGAAGUGCCACCUCUUGUGGUGGAAGUAGCAGAUGGCAACAAGAUCACUACCAACAGAUUGUGUACUGGUUUCACCUGGAAGAUGCAGAAUCAAGUCUUCAAGACUGAUGCCAUGGUGUUACCUGUGGAAAGCUGUGAGUUAGUGUUAGGGGUCCAAUGGCUAUCAACUCUAGGUGAUAUCAAAAGGAACAUCAAAGAAAUGAAAAUGAAAUUUCUAAAUGGAAAGAGGAGGGUGGUGUUAAGAGGGAAAGGUCAGCAGGCUAUUCAAUUGGCAAUAGCAGAAGAACAACUAGGCAGCCUUUGUCAGGCAAAGAAGAACCUCCAAGUGACAAAUUUUACCCAUGACUCCGAAGCAAGUGAAUUGAAUGAAUUGUUAAUGGAGUUUGAGGAUGUUUUUAAAGAAUCUUCUGAACUUCCCCCACAUCGAACCCAAGAUCACCAAAUUGUGCUCAAUGAAGGUACAGUACCUGUGAAUGUAAGGCCUUACAGAUAUCUUGUCUUCCAAAAAAAUGAGAUAGAGAAAUUGAUUCAGGAAAUAUUGCAAUCUGGAGUUAUUAGGCACAGUACAAGUCCUUUUUCAUCUCCAGUGGUGUUAGUCAAGAAGAAGGAUGGAACUUGGAGGAUGUGUAUUGACUAUAGGGAACUAAAUUUAGCAACUAUAAGGAUAUGCCCUGAUGAUAUUGCUAAAACUGCCUUCAGAACUCAUGAAAGGAAUUAUGAGUUUGUAGUAAUGCCAUUUGGCUUAACCAAUGCAUAUUCCACCUUCCAAAGCUUGAUGAACACUGUGUUUAGGCCUUACUUGAGGAAGUUUAUACUAGUUUUCUUUGAUGACAUUCUUAAAAGCAAGUGCUCUUUUGCCCAAAAACAAGUAGCUUAUUUAGGGCAUGUGAUCUCAGGAGAAGAAGUGCAGGCAGACCCUCAAAAGGUGCAAGCUAUACAACAAUGGCCUGUAUCUUCAAAUUUGAAGGAAUUGAGAGGAUUUUUUGGGUUAGUAGGGUAUUACAGAAGGUUUAUAAAGGAUUUUGGGAAGCUGGCCAGACCUUUGACAGAAUUGCUCAAGAAGAACAACUUUAUAUGGACAAAACAGGCUACAGAGGCAUUUUCAAAGCUGAAAUUGGUCAUGAGUUCACCUCCUGUAUUAGCUCUACCAGACUUUUCACAGACUUUUGAAGUGGAGACAGAUGCUUCAGGUGAUGGCAUUGGGGCAAUCUUGAGCCAGAAGAGAAGACCUCUGGCUUAUUUUAGCCAGGCGUUGGCUACCAAACAUAAAGGCAUUUCUGUGUAUGAAAGAGAGAUGCUAGCUAUUAGAGUAUCUACACCUAUGCAGCAAAAAUGGGUAGCUAAGCUUAUGGGGCAUGACUAUGAGUUUCAAUACAAGAAGGGGGUCGAUAAUGUGGUAGCUGAUGCAUUGUCCAGACAACCUAGUUCCAAUAUAGCAAUACUAGCUCCAAUUUUAGUCAUUAAGUCAGCACUGAUUACUGAGAUCCAAAACAAUUGUACUCAAGAUCCUCAGUUGCAACUUCUCAUAUAA